CUUGCCAUAUUUAAGUUACAUGGCGGGAGUAGCUGUCGCUGGUGUGUGCGCUGAUUCCAUCAGAACUAGGACAAAAGUAUCUGUUACUACCAUUAGAAAGGUCUUUCUAAUUGCAAGUUGCACUGGGAUUGCAGUAUUUAUUCUGGUACCCGGGUAUUUGACAUGCGAAUACAAAUAUGGCGUCAUAGCCUGUUUAUGUUUAUGCACUAUUUUCGAAGCCAUUGGUGUUACAGGAGGCUUCGUUCCUAAUAUUAUAGACAUAGCACCAAGGUAUUCGUCCAUUAUUUUUGGUAUAUCAAACACCUUAGCAACCAUUCCUGGUAUAGUUGCUCCAAUUGCAGUAGGAGAAAUUACUAAAACUGGUACAAAUGAAGAAUGGAGACUAGUAUUCUUUAUAACCGCCGGAAUAUCUCUGUUCGCUGCCGUACUGUAUGGCAUUUUUGCUGAUAGUGAACUUGCUCCCUGGGCACAAGGCAAAGAGGAUCCAAUUGAAAUGGAAGUUCAAGUUUCAAAUAAACACGUACAACAAGGAUUAGCAACAGUGAACGAAAGUUGUGAACUUUAAACCUGAAAGGAGUGAUAAAAAUAUUCAUCGUAAUUUAUGGAAUGCAAGAACCAAACCUUUUCCCGAAUUAUUUUUCUGUAUAAACAUGUACAAAAGUUAAAUAUAAUUCAAAUAAAAUCGAUAAAUUUCUA